AUGUAUUCGCGUGAAUACAACGUCGCCUUUCCGCCGAUCAACAUGCCACUCAUGCUAUUUCAAUUCAUUCGCCAGUUAGCUUUGCCUUUGGAAAUCUACCGUAUUGUCAGAAGACUACAACAAAUUAUCAAAUUCCGCCUCAGGUUUUCAUCGAAGAAAAAGUGGACACUCAAAGCAGAGAAUUACCCCGAGGCCCAGCUAGUAGGUCUCAUAGUCGUUGCUACGAAAUUAAUAUUCCCAUUCAGCAUCGCGAAAGGCUUCCCAUCUGUACCUACAGAACCAGCUGCACAGCUCAUUGACUGGAACUUGUGGAGAGCAGCGCAGAAGCAAUUUGAAAGCUUGGAUAACCUACCAGGGCGGCUAUCGAAGGGACAAGAAAUCAAGGUCAAUGAAGGAAAUGUGUUCCAUAUGACGGAAGGUCAAUUGGAUGAUUAUUUGGACUGGUAUCAAGAUAUGUGGCUUGAUCAGAAGAAAGCAUGUCAUCCACUUGCGGACAUGUUUCCGCUACCGCCUACAAAAUCAGAUAGUCGUCCGGAGCUCAAGACCGGUGUUGAGAUUCAAGAAGCGAUUGACAAGAAAGUCCGUGAGAUGACUGCCAGCAUCAGCCUAGCUAAAAUCAUUCCUCACGAUCAGGCCGAACGAGAAAAGAAAACUGACGGUGAAGGAAACUCGGAUGAGGAUAAGGAUAAAAUCCCUCGUCCUGGUUAUUCUUAUCGAAUUUACAAAACCGAAUUGGACUUGCCAAAAACAGCUCGCAAGUUCUAUGAAACAGCAGCAGAUCUGGCAGGGUUGUCACUGAAGACGCUUGUCGCUACAGUGAACCGCAUAGAGUCCAAACUGGAGAACUUCCAUUUCGUCAAGACCCUCACGGGCAAGACCAUCACCCUCGAGGUCGAGUCCUCCGACACCAUCGACAAUGUCAAGUCGAAGAUCCAGGACAAGGAGGGUAUCCCCCCCGACCAGCAGCGUCUGAUCUUUGCCGGAAAGCAGCUUGAAGAUGGCCGCACUCUCUCCGACUACAACAUCCAGAAGGAGUCCACUCUUCACCUUGUCCUCCGUCUCCGUGGUGGUAUCAUUGAGCCUUCCUUGAAGGCCCUUGCCUCCAAGUACAACUGCGAGAAGUCCAUCUGCCGCAAGUGCUACGCCCGCCUACCCCCCCGUGCCACCAACUGCCGCAAGCGCAAGUGCGGACACACCAACCAGCUCCGCCCCAAGAAGAAGCUCAAAUAA